GACGAACAAGCCAGGAAGCCUCUGGCGAAAUACAGAAGUGCACUACUUUUCUUGCUUUUUGUUUUUUUUUCUCUUUUUGCUUGGCUCAGACGUCUGUGGUGAUCCUCCGGCAGCUCUUCUUCUCCUGCUUCUUCUCCUCCCCCCACCCUCUCCGUGCGCAAUGGCGAAAGAAAACGGCGAGUCCAGCGAUGGAUCUUGGAAAAAGCAUGUCGAUGAUAUCAAGAAAAUAUUUGACUUCAAGGAAGUCCUUGGGACCGGUGCGUUUUCCGAGGUGGUGAUGGCUCGGGAGAGGGCCACAGGAAAGAUGGUCGCAAUCAAGUGCAUCCCAAAGAAGGCGCUCAAGGGGAAGGAGACGAGCAUCGAAAACGAAAUCGCCGUCCUUAGGAAGAUAAAGCAUGAGAAUAUAGUGGCUCUGGAGGACAUCUACGAGAGCUCGAACCACCUGUACCUCAUAAUGCAGCUGGUGUCUGGAGGUGAGCUGUUUGACCGCAUCGUAGAAAAGGGCUUCUACACAGAGAUGGAUGCCAGUCGGCUCAUUCGGCAGGUUUUGGAUGCAGUCAACUAUCUGCACUCCAUGGGCAUCGUGCACAGGGACCUGAAGCCUGAGAACCUGCUGUACUUCAGUCCUCAUGAUGAGUCAAAGAUCAUGAUCAGUGACUUUGGCCUGUCAAAGAUGGAGGGAACAGGUGGCGUGAUGGCCACCGCCUGUGGGACCCCUGGAUACGUGGCUCCUGAGGUUUUAGCACAGAAGCCCUACAGUAAAGCUGUGGACUGCUGGUCUAUUGGGGUCAUCGCUUACAUUCUCCUCUGCGGCUACCCGCCUUUCUACGACGAGAACGAUUCAAAGCUCUUUGAGCAGAUUCUUAAGGCAGACUAUGAGUUCGACGCGCCGUAUUGGGAUGACAUUUCAGACUCUGCCAAAGACUUCAUCAGCUGCCUAAUGGAGAAGGACCCAGAGAAGAGAUUCACUUGUGAUCAGGCUCUUGAGCACCCCUGGAUUGCUGGAGACACGGCUCUCUGCAAGAACAUACACGAAUCAGUCAGUCGACAGAUGCGUAAAAACUUUGCCAAAAGCAAAUGGAGGCAAGCCUUUAAUGCGACGGCUGUGAUCCGCCACAUGAGGCGCCUGCAGCUGGGCACCAGCUUUGGCGGCAGCAUCCACAGCUCCAACUCCCUGUCCAGCCCUCAGAGCCGAGCUCCAGCCAAGAGCCAGUCCGUGGACUGCACCCCGCUCUCCCUGAAGGACUCUCUUCCUAUAGCUCCUUUGCCGUCUGCUGUCAAAGUGUGCAGUCAGGACUCUGAUGACGCCCCGGCUCCCGUACGAGAGGAAGCUUCGGUGGUGGCUGAGGCGUCUCGGCCGCGACCCUCCACUGUUACAGUCAUCCACACUGGGACUAAAUGACGCCAGGUUCCGCGGGAGGUGAGCUGGGAGACCACGGAGCUUUGAGACGGGAAAAAAACAUCCCUGACCUCAUGCUUCAAUGUCGUUGCCCAGUUUGCCCAUCCCGCCACCUCCCAUCUGUUUCUGCCAACCACGGGAGGAAUUUGAGGAGCGCAGGCUCAGCUCCAUUUACCAUGGCUCAGCACGGCUCCCCCCUGCUUCCCAUCCCACUGUCAUCCAGACCUGGAGGUACAGAGGGGGAGACACUCACCUGAAGUUGUCAUUGUGGAGGCCAUGAUCAGCCUGGAUCAUGGCAGGUUAAAAUAAUAAUUUAAAAAAAGCAGCUGGUCUGGGAAGUGCCACACUAAAAGGAAACUGUUGAAGCUGCUGUCAUUUUUGACCGUGAGCAUAAUUUUUGACAGGACGAUCCGCUGUAUGCCUUGUAUAAAUAUCCUGCCUGGAACUGUUGAGUGGAGUCAUGUUAUGCAAGUGAAAUAUUAAGCUUCAAGCUGUGGUAAAUAAUUGUGACAUCAUCUGCACUCUGAACUUCUCGUUGUUUUGACAGCUCUUGUUAAUUUGCUGUGGUAUUUGCUGCGAUGGCUCACACCGUCAUAACUCCCAGCAGUAUGACAGUGUGUGUUGUGUCUUUGCUUUUAAGUGUGUGGACAUGAAAUACGAGCAGGACAAUGUGCUUCAGUCGUGGCUGAGAGGAUCGGUGCGUUGCACUAAUGUAUUGGAAUAUUUAUUUUCUUACAGUAUAUUUUGACUUUUGUAAGAACUCCACUUGCAGAAAUGUGUAAAUGUGUCGCUAGACUGGACUGAAAGGUACUUGCAUUGAAUGAUAAAGUAUCUAAUAGCUGUUGCUUUGUAAUUGCUGUUUUCUUUGGUGAAUUAAUUUUGAUGUGACUGUGAAGUCCUCCUCAACCACAGGAGGGCAACCACGGGUUGUCGCUUUGUGACCAGUUCUCAGGGAUCUGCAGGGAUGUGUACAUGAAGCUAACCAAACCCCUCUCAGAGUGACCAGAUGCUGCUGUUUCAGAUGGGGACGGUGAAAUUGUUGCAAAGUAAAACCUCCAAAUACUGCAUAUUAUUCCAAUGUGCCACUGGGAGAGUUUGACAGACGUUUUCUUUGGUUAAAACCGUUAUUAUCGGCAGUAUGAGGGUCACGUAACUCGUACUGAAUGGAUUGUUUUCCCUUUAAAACCCAUGAAAUCUAUGUGGAUGUAAAGAAAGUGUUCACCAGUGAAGUGUGCAUUCAUGUCUGUAGUUAAAAUGUAAAAUGACAAACGAAUGCAAAUGUACCCUGGCUAUUAUUGCUCCAGUCGCAGAGUCGGAUCAGUCAAAUCAGUAGUGUGCAGUUCAGUAGUUGAAAUAUCGUGCUCUGCUUCCGCUCAUGAAGUGGCUGGUCUGAAAACAGCUCACUCACUCUGUGUUUAAUCACUGUGCUUUCAUACCAGCCUGUUGAAUUUAGCAGAAAGACUCUUUCUCCGUCUCUCUCCGGCUCGCUCUCUAGAGACUUUCACACAGGGAAGAGAAGGGAUCUUUCUUUGUAUUUUCUCUGUGGUACCUCUUUUCAAUUUGAAUCACUCAACAUGAAUGGGCAAAGAAGAAACACUUUCACCAGAACGUGCCCGAUAUCGAGGGGCUGCGUUUGAAAUAUCUAAAAAUGUGGUGAAAAUCCAAAUGGACUUUGAGCCUCUACUUGCUGUAAAUACAAAUCUCAACAACAUUUGCUUGGGUCUUGAGUGUUUAUUUUUGUCCCCCCUCCCCAUUUCCCCUACCCAAAAGAAAGCUAAAUAUGACACAUUGAAAGCCCCUCAGUAUGCAUGUUUUACAUAUUGUUGCAGAAAUGUGUUUUGGAGUUGUAGAGAUUCAUGUAUUAAAAAAAAGAGGCUUGUUUGCA